CGCGUUCGCAGCCUCGAGGGCUUUCCGUUACAAGUCGACGGCAUGUCGGCGACGCCCGCUAAAGACUAGGGGUAAAUCCGCGUCGUCGUCCCGUGGACUCGAGUCAACACCCGGUCGAGGACCGCGAUGCUCCUCUCCAAUCGCCCGGCCCGAUCGAGUUUGCGACAACGAUGAAUAAUCAAUUCACAAGGAGCGCAGCAAGUCUUCACGCGGAUUUACUGCAUGGUGACCUGGGAGGCACCCUCGCAGGGCGCGCCGGUGAUGGUCUUGCAACCCUUCAUGCCGACCUGCUUGUUGGGGGCGACGCGCGCCGCCUCGGUGGAGAUGUCCGCGGAGGAGUCCUUCUCCACGGACACGACGGGGCGGCCGUCGGGAAUGAACGGCUGCGUGUACUUGGCGGGGGCGCCGUUGGGGACGUACUGGAUGGUGAGGCCGUCGGCGAGGGCGGCGGGGGACGCCAUGAGGAAGAGCGCGGCGGCGGCACCGGCAGCCUUGGAGGAGAGGGAAGAGGACUUCUGCUCCUUGGCGGCGACCUUGGUGGCCUUAACCUGGGCGACAGCGCGGACGGUGGUGUUGGCGGCGACGGCGAACAUUUUCUUGUGUGACGAU